UUCAGGAAGUAACACGUGCUCCAUUUUUUAUGAUCUCUCUCUUCUCCUUCGACACAACACACCUAAAAAUGCGUUUCAAAGCGUAUUUGAUGUUUCUGCCGUUAUCUUUUGCACUAGAAUGCUCUCAGCGAAACAUUUCAUGUCAGGACAUUAAAGCUCCUAAUGGAUUCAAGUUCAAGCUAUCAAAUGGUAUGCCAGGAGGAAGUGAAAUCUCUGUCUUUGAUAAUCAGACUCUGAUUGCUCAUGGUAAAGAUCAGUUUUUUCAGUACGAGAGUUCAGUGAUAAGCAUGGACAAUGAUUCAGUUACCACAAGAGACUGCAGAGACCUGACAAUAAAAUACAUAGUUCCUGAUGGAGACCACUUAAUUAAAGAGAUCUGUAUGGAUUACAAUACUGCAGAUAAGAGGAAGAAUUCCAGUUUCAGUGGUUUAUCAGCACUGUGGGGACUCAUCAUCAUACCUGCCAUACUUGCUGUUGCUGUUUGGAUCACAUGUAUUUGGAUAAAGAAAUCUAAAAACAAGAUUUACCAGGAAGAGACAGAAGCAGAGGAAACUAGUGAAAUGGAGUUUGAAUCAUGUGGAACUGCUGAAAACAGUAUAGAGCAAAUGGCCACACCUACAUGUGUGAACAUUCACAGUGCUGAUCCUAUGGCUGAUGGAAACUCUCUUCAGUCCAGCCUGGACCACAACCUGACCGAUGGGGGAAUCCAGCCAUCUAAAAAUGGGGGGAAAAGUACCUACAACCUUCACAGAGCCCCCGAUCAUCGAGACAUGCACAGGAACUUGAGGGAUGAUCCAGGGGGAGUGAAUGACAAUAGAGGAGGAGACAUUCUUGGGAUCAGGGAAAUGUGCAAUGGAUGGACUCCUGGUCCUGGUCACUCUCUGCUGGUGGAUCAGCGAUCUGCCAUCCAAGGCUAUGACAUAACAGGCAACACUGCAGUUUUGGUGGACAAGUGCAGCUUUGACCUGGAUCAAUUCAGCAGGUGCUCUACUGACACUGACGUGGAGUGAACCCCAACAUGAACUAGCAUAUAAAUAAUGAUAAUAAUAAUAAUGAUAAUUAUGACAAUAAUAAUAAUAAUAAUAAUCAAGGUAUGUGGUACAUUGACUGGCAGCUACUUUGGGACCAAGUUCUGUGGUUUAAAUAAUCAUUUGAUCAAAUUACCUGACAGUAUUCAUAGUAUAUGUUCAGUCAUUAGUGUGAUCAAUAAAAACAUUGGUCUCAAAGGUGGGGUGGACCUGAAAAGGUGUCAGAAAAUGUACCACAUAGCCUAACAAACCUGAAAUGGUUGUAUUAAUAUUAAUUGAUACCUAUAUACUAUAUAUACUAUAUACCUAUAAUACCGAUGUGCUUAUAUAACAUGUAUAAUAUAUGUAUAAUGUAUGCUUUGAAUGCAAACACUAUAUAU